GCUCCGUGGACGCUUCCACGCACAAACUCCCACUCUCUCAGCCCGCUGGGCGUCAUGGAGGCACUUGUAGACCGCGCAUCCCCCAGAAUGAGACGCGGUGCGGGUUUAGGCUGAGGCCGCCCUCCGCCAGCCGAACCAUGGCCGCGUCCCUGCUGCGCGCCUGCCGCAGUCUGGCGCUGUGGACCUGGCUGCUGUCCUUCUGCGUCGUCCAGCUGCUCUGCCUGGACUUCACGGCCGCGGAGAAGGAGGAGUGGUACACGGCCUUCGUCAACAUCACCUACCUGGACCCCGUUACCCUGGAGGUCCGGACGGAGAAGACCGAGUGCGGUCGCUACGGAGAGCACUCGCCCAAGAGAGAGGCCAGAGGUCGGGUCCUGGUCCCCGGCCUCCCGCAGGACAGGCAGGGCUGCGACCCGAGCGUCCGGUUCCCCCCGGUGCCCCCGAACACCGCCUGGGUGGCGCUGCUGGCUGCGGGCAACUGCACGUUCAGGGAGAAGAUCCGCAACGCCGCAAGCAGCAACGCGUCUGCGGUCGUGGUGUACAACAGCGCCAACGACACCAUCACGAUGCCCCACUCGGAUACAGGGGACAUGGUGGCCAUCAUGAUUCCCGAACCCAAAGGUCGGGAGAUUGUGACCUUGCUGGAGCGGCGCUUUGUGGUGGUGAUGCACAUCAGUGUGGGAACCCGCAACCUGCAGAAAUACGUGAGCAGAACCUCUGUGGUUUUCGUCUCCAUCUCCUUCAUCGUCCUCAUGAUCAUCUCGCUGGCCUGGCUGGUGUUCUACUACAUCCAGAGGUUCCGCUACGCUAACGCGCGAGACCGCAACCAGAGACGUCUGGGAGACGCUGCUAAGAAGGCCCUCAGUAAGCUUCAAGUGCGCACUUUAAAGAAAGGAGACAAGGAAACGGAACCAGACUUUGACAACUGUGCAGUUUGCAUUGAAUGCUACAAACCCAACGACGUUGUGAGGAUAUUACCCUGCAGACAUGUCUUCCAUAAACACUGCGUCGAUCCGUGGCUGCAAGACCACAGAACGUGUCCGAUGUGCAAGAUAAACAUCCUCAAAGCCCUGGGAAUCCCGUUCAGUGCCGACUGUUCAAACGAGACUCCUCCAGACUACGAGACAAGUGCCGGGGGUCCUCUGACCAAUCCCAUCAGCGCCGCCAGUGACAUCACAGUUAACGAGAGCUCAGUGGUGCUGGAUCCUGCAGGAAGGGUGAUAGACCUGCAUCAGCUCCAUCAUUACCUCGAAACAGCUUCGCAGGCGGGACAGAUGCACAAUAUUGCAAGCUGUGAGAACCAGCAUGCGAUGAGCAGCGAUUCAGACACAUCCGCCAUCGUGAGCGUUGCUGCCAGCAUGUCGGGAACAGACUUUCCUCUGGAGCCGGAGCGCGACGACCCAAAGUCCAGGAACAAUCCAUGUUGAGAGGACGUUUCUGCAGAGGAGCUGCACGAAGGCAGGACUGAGGGAUGGAGCGAUUGUUCAUGUCUGGGACUAAAGACGAUCACAACAGGAGCACAAAAGCCCUCAGUUCUGUUUCACUGUGGACAGAUUUGUCCACAGAGAUACGGUCGCGUCGCUUGUCGUGCUUCAUGGAGACCGAUUAGUGAGUAACAGCUCUCACAUCGUGGAGCAUCAGACAAACUGAUGAUGAUGGAGGCUGGAGGCAAACCGAUCCUCCUGCAGGACACAACAUGGCCUCCCUAAUGCAUGUGUGCAGCUUCAGUCAGCAUGACCUUGUCAAAGAUCACUGCCAACAACUUACGGUGCACACGUCGCACGGUGGGGAAAAGGUGUCGACUUAUCCCUCGUUUCUUUCCAAGCCGCCCGGCACUUUUGCUAAUCUUUUGAGGCGAUCUGGAUCAAUAGUUCCCCAGACUUUCUGAUGCCUUUUAAAGAUUUUCUUUGGACCUUUUCUGAUGGGGUAUCUUUCAGGUCUCUGCUGCACUUUUUUUCCUAUCUAAAGAUAUGCAGUUCUCGUGCGGUGCGUCUGCUGUAGAUGUUUUUUUUUUUUUAAACCCCACAAUUCUUCCUUUAUCUGCUGUUGUUGCUAAAUAUUUAGAUAGAUUCAGAAAUGCUGGAGAACUAAUGAUCACAACCACAUUUAAAGAUUGUGCGGCCUGUAAAGAAAGAGAUCGGUUUUCUGUAGCUCCCAUACCAGGACCUUUCAGUCCAGAUCAGCUGCUAAGAGUUCCCACGCCAAAUGAGUUGAUAGAUCACCUGAAAACGUGGGACUUCGUUUGUUUAGAGGGUAGCAAACGAGGCGUUAGAUCCAAGCACAGGUUAUUCUGCAUUUACUGACGUUAAUGUUCUGGAUUUUUGACUUCUGCUUUUCGUCUCUUACUGUAAAUGCCUGCUGUGGAAAUGACCAAGCACAAGCAGAUCUCUCCGUCUGUCCUCACCUCUGACAAUCGUUUCCCGUCCUUAGAUGUCGUGAAGUGACGUCUCCGUUGCCCUGCUGAAAGUGCUGCUAAUUAUUCCACCGCCGGGCGUGAAUGGUCUGGCAGCCGUGUGACUGCAGGACUGUUGAAUUAUCGGCAGGUGUCAGCACUCUGGACCUUUUUUCAAUGAAAGCACAGACUUAUGGGGCAGCUAGACAGUGUUCCUGUCACACUUGUUUCCAGCAUUUCCACAUCAACUCGUCCGGUGCUGAAAUAUAACAGCUAAACACACAAUGAAGGCACCAGGUUAAAAGAAAAAUGGAAAAAGAAAUAGAAUAUCUCAGUAAAAUGUUUCAAGACAAAUAUGUGUUAGAGGUAGGAAACUUCAAAACUGAAACCCAAGUGAAUCACAUUGUUCAAUCCCUUGUCUCUCAAAGCAGAUUGAUUGUUUUAAAAUGUAAUUUUCUGACAUGAACGCAGCCUCUGGACCCACUACAAAUCAAAACAGCCACUCUAUAUGUGUCGUUUGGAAACGCAGAGCGUUGCAAAGGGAAAAUGAGCUUCUACCGGCUCAUAUUGACACCACAGAGCAUCUGCUGUCCAAAUUCAAAUCAGUCAUUUUCAUCUAAUAAUGUAGCAGUCCUUUCUGAAGACCUUUAUGAGGAGUUUAGAGCGUAAUAGCCUUUCAUUCACUUUUCCUGGUGUUUUAUUGCCGUUUUUACUCAUCGGCAAACGACUAAAGGGCACAAACGGCUAUUUUUUUAUCCGCUGGAGACAGAAAUUCCUCCCAGAACCUAAGAGAGGCCAAAAAAAAAAAAAAACGCAGCUAAGGGUGUGAGUUCUUUUUCCUGUGGUUCGUUUCAGCAGAUCUAAAUGGUGUGAAGCUUUAUUAUUGCUGGUUGGAUCAUAUGAUUGUGCCUGCUGCGGGUUUUGUAAUAACAUACGUUAAAGAAAUGCUCAGAUGUUGUUGUUUUUUUAAACACUACAGCCGGGCUAAGAGAAGUUGCUUAGUUUGGUCAGACUGUUAGAGCACAUUACACUUAAUUUACUCUUUAUACGGUCUUCCAGGUUUGUACCUGGUAUGCUUUAGGGAGUUUGCUCAGAAGUGGUUGUUUCUCGUGACAAAUUAAAAGCAGUGAAGAAGACUUUGAUGGCGUUGUGUUUCUACAGAGCCCGGGGCUCUGCUAUGUAACAGCUGUUUUUGGGUCAGGCGGUUCAUGUUAUUGCACAUCUCUCACUGUUUCAGGAACCUUUGCCCCCCCCCGUUUGAGCUUGGCUCAGUUGUCAUCCUCCACAUGUGUUGUUGUCUCCUGCUUUUAGCUUUUUGGACACUUGACGACUGGUUCAGUCAGGACAUUCUGGUUGCAAAACUUUACUGACAUGCUGCCUAAGAAACUGGAGAUUUCUCUUUUGGUUGCACACCAGCGCGUGUACGUGUGUCAGACAGUGUCAGGAUCAUAAAUGUGUGAGGAUCAGCUGAACUAAAUCUCUUUAUGUCUGUGUUAAAAAUCAGCCAAAUACACCAAAAUUCUCACCAAAAUCUAACACUGCUUGUAGGUUUUCUGAAAAAAUGUGUUCUUGUUCCAGGUUUGUGUGAAAGUCAUUUAGAUUUAAUCAGGUUUUCUCAAACUGUCCCAACCUGGAACAUUUCUUGUCAUUCUCUGCCUAGAACACAGUUUAUUUUAUUUUAUUUUUUUUAUCCGUGUUUAACAUCUAAAAAGUCCCCGAAGAAUGACGGUGUUUCAUCUAUAAAAAACAUGAUUUACAGAGGAAAAGGUUUAUGGUCCGCUUUGAUUUGUGUUGACUGUCAAUCCUGCACAUUUUCUCCACAUUUAUUGCCGUCCCUGAUGAAGAUGCUUGAGAGCCACUUGGAUCAGCUUAAACAAAUGACAAACAGGCCAUUUCUUUAAAAAAAACGUAAUUUUACAUAGAUUUUAUAGAAACCGUUUGAUGUAAAACAACAUCUGGAAUUUUAUUUUAAAAAAACAAUUAACAUGGAUUUUUCUCCCUCACUAAGUUAAUGUCCUUUAAUUAAAGAUUGGAUUUUUCUAAAAAUGGCUGCGGGGAAUAAAGUUACUGUUAGUGGAGAUUUAUUUUAAGGUUCUAUUGAAAAGUUCAGCGUAUACAAAACAGACUUUAUCGCAGAGCCACCAAAGGUUUUUUAACAUUCUUUCCACAUUUAUUUAUUCUGCAACGAUUAAUUUUAUUGAUGGAGAUUCUAAUCAUGUUCUCACUGUUUGUCUUAUAUAAAGAUUGUAAAAUUAGAUUUGCUGAGCAGAAAGUGGCAUUCAUUAAAAUUCACUGACUGUCAGAAACUGCCUGAUACCUGCCCACCCACUGUCACUCCGGCGCCACUGCGUAAGCCCCCCAUCCCCACCCUGGAGCAUAUUUUAAAAGUUUGAUCUCUCUGCCGAUCAAACCAUUCACACAGCUGACUCUGGUCUUCAUGUGGAUUAAAUUAUUGCCCCCAUCAAACCAUUCCCUCUGGGAGGAACUGGUUAUUUAUCUCCAGAUUAGUGUCAGUGCCCGAGAAA